AUGUUAGGCGCUGGGACACUAUUCCUCUAUCUGGGUUAUAUUAUGCAAGGAUUCAUAUCCGAAGCUGUCAUUCAUGCAGGACCGCCCAUUUUGACUGAGAAAGAAGGCAUCGGAGUCAUUUUCCUCAAGAAGAAUAAGGAAGAGCAAAGUGGUGUGGUGCUUCGGCGUUUGAUCAAGAAGUGUCACGACUGGGGACUGAUCGUAACGAUUACUAUGCACUUCUUGGCAGUGUCAUCAGCGCUAGUGCUGAUCGUGCUUUCAGUACCUGAUAUGGCUACGAUUGAACCGACUAGUGCACCAACGUUGCUGAUCAAGCCCAGGAGAACAUCCCAUCUACGGAAGAACCUGGUCAGUCCUUGCAGCGAUGCGAAACUCACGCGCACAGAGACAUCCCAGAGCUGA